GUGCACCCUCGCUCUUGCUGGCUGGAAAGAGUGGUUUUUUAAUGAUCCGGAUCAUAUCAAAAUCAUGGUUUUGGUUUUUGAAUGGCCGGAUCAUCGAAACCAUCAAAUCACGAACGAACCAUCUAUCUCUCUCGCCUGGUAGUUUGAGCAUGAAUGUGGCGGACCGCAAGGAAUUUUCCUGUUACUUGUUUGCUUGCUUGCUUGUUUGUCAGCCGUUGUCGACGUUGCCAUUGUCAUUUUUACUUUCUUUUUCUUUUUUUUCUCUCGUUCGUGAAGUACCUAGGGGAGCGGGGGGAGUGGGAGUGGGGGAGUACCGUAGUUAUGUGGGUGGUGUUCUGUGAUUUUUUCCUCUUCUUUUCUUUCUUUGACGAUACUCGACUGUUGAUUCUGUGCCGAUACCCCCUUAACCUACCCUUCUAUCUUCUACAUACUUCGUCUGAUGACGGACAGAUCUUAUAUGCGCUUGUUUUUUUGAGAGGAGGGGGAGGUGGGGUGGGGUGAGGCAAAGGGAAGGAUAGGAAUGAAGGUGAUGGGAAUGGAGGGGAUGGGAAGUAAUUAAUGGCUGGCCUUUGCGAUUCCAAUACCAAUAUCUGAGAGCUGAGAUUUGAGAGACUGGGGCGUGAGUUGAUGGGGUGGGAUGUGAUGUGACGGAAAGGACGAAAACGGAUC